AUGGGCGACGACGUUUGCGAUGUGAAUUAUACAGUGAAAAAUAUAUCGGAAUAUGUUAUAGGAAAUCUUGGUGAACGAUGUCAAUCUGUAAGUUUUUGCAGAACUUUUUUGCUGAUCAGAAUUCUAUUCAGAUAUCGAUAAUUCUUCCAACAAUUGUGAUUUACCUCGCAAUUUUUCUAGUUGGUUUAUUCGGAAAUAUUUGUACUUGCAUUGUUAUUGUUGCAAAUAAGGUUUGAAACUCUAAAUUUAUUUUUGGACAUGAAAAAAAAUCGAAAAUAAAACUUUUUUAGUCAAUGCACAAUCCAACCAACUUUUAUUUAUUUAGUCUUGCAGUUUCGGAUAUAAUUAUUCUUGUUUUGGGUGAGUUUAGGAAGGCCUGAAGUUGAGCUUGUGAUCUAGGACCUAGUUGACCUAGAUUCUAGGUCAACAUGACCUCAAGAAUACUUGUAUUAUAGGUUUGCCAAUGGAAUUAUAUCAAUCAUUAGAUUUCGCAUAUCCAUAUCGUUUCGGUAUCGAAGUUUGUAAAGCUCGCGCAUUUCUCAUCGAAUUCACUUCAUACGCAUCAAUUAUGAUAAUUUGCUGUUUUUCAUUUGAGCGAUGGCUCGCAAUAUGGUUUGUUCAUUUUUCACUUCACUUCACCGUUUAAUUAAAAAGUUCUAACUGAACUUUCCAGUUUUCCACUACGUGUCAAAAUCUUCUCAACAUUAUGGCGAGCCAAUGUUUUGAUUGUGUUAGCCUGGUCAAUUUCAUUUUUCGCUGCUCUUCCAAUGGCAUUCAUUGUAGUGGUUAAUAAACUGCCAUUACCAAAUGAGAUUUUCGGGAAUGAAACGUGGAUCUCAGAUGUUUCAGCAGAUAGAAUUCAUGUGGAUCGAACUGAAUAUUGUGGAAUGGCAUCGACUAAAGGGGAUGAGCAGAAGAAAUUGAUUUAUAUCGCAUUUUUCGCGUUUUUUGUGAUUCCAGCGAUUUUGAUCAUAUUAAUGUAUAGUCAUAUCGCAGUUCGAUUGAAUGAGACAAAAUUGGACAAAUCAAUAAAUAAACACAAGAGUUUAGUUGAAAGAAGGAAUCGAUCGAAUAAAACUGUGCUCAAGAUGUUAUGUGAGUUCAGUGGCAGUUUUCAGUAAUUGAUACUUGAAAUUUUCAGUUUCUGUUGUUAUCACGUUUUUUCUCUGCUGGCUUCCAUUUCACAUUCAACGAUUAUUAUCAGUUUAUAUGAUGAAUAUAGAUCCAACAACUUCACUUUCACCAUCAGUUCAAUUUCUCAGCAUGAUUGUUUAUUAUAUUUCUGGUGAGCUAUUUGAACUUUCUCAGAAGGGAUUUAUUCAUAAGUCGUGUCUUUAGGUUUUUGUUAUUAUUCAAACUCAGCUGCCAAUCCAAUUCUUUAUAACAUUUUAUCACAAAAAUAUCGCAAAGCUUUUUGUCGAACAAUUCUUGGAAGAAAAAUAACAAGUGUUUUGAUUAAUCGGUAAGAUAUUUUUUGAACUUGGAAUUUGAACUUGUAAUAAUUUUCAGAACUUCAAAUUCCACAUUUGCUCAUCGAUCUUCUUAUGAUAAAAUGUCACAGAAAACACGACAUAUUUCGAUUCGAAGUAAUAUUUCGAAAAAAGCUUCGAAUAGUCCAAGUAUGGUAUAA